UUCUGUGACCAUGCUUUUAACUCCAAAACACUUACAUCUCAAAUCAUCUUUCCCCAUUUAAAUGAAUGGAAAUGCCAUUAAUCUGUUCCAGACUCCCAACCUAACCCCCCCAAAUAUUUGUGUUUUUGUUAUUUAAUGAGGAAAAAUAGCACUCUAUAAUAUUAUACUUUAUUAAAACAUAGAGUAAUAAUUAGUUAUCUGUAUACGUGUUGUUCCUCCAUUUUUGUUCAAAUAUUUGUUGCUUCAAGAGCUGUAAAACUGAUGCUAACCAUGCUAACUUUAAUAGGGAGUGGCAUUAAACCAUUUGAAACCUCUCUUUAAAGAAUUGUUCACUAUUUGCCAAAGUGCUACUAUUCUGAAGUGAGGUGAGAGUUGAGUUGAGGUCACAGCUACUUUGAACUCAUAUCUGGAAAAACUCGUAACUUGGGUGACUCAUAUCUCAAAGCACCACUGUAGUAUAGCUUUUAUAGCAACAAUUUAGUGUUUUGUGGCAAACUAUUGUUUUCUCUAAAGAAUAUAUAUCAUUUUUGUGGCAAAAAACAUGCAGUCAAAGGUCUGUCGACGCUUACUCAUUGAAUAUAAUGCUUUAAAAGUUUUGACUGUUGCCUUAGUAGUAGUUCAUGUUGACAUCGGGAUCCUUUCCUCUCUCGUCUGCUCCCAGUUUGUGUCUCUUUAGUGUGCCCACCCACUUCCACCCACGCAUGCAGCACACGUGCCGCCACGGCAUCUGUCCCGCUUCAUGUUUUUGGGGAUUACAUGAGUUGUUCCUGCCUGGUGGAAGUUGACUUCUGGUGGAUUGCUGACAAGAGAUGAGAGGAUUUGUCAGGUUUUAGCCAUACACAGUGAAGAAGGGUGACUGGGAGGAGACAAGCCGGGUGUGUGUUUUGGGGGUGGACGUAGUGGCUUUGUAUGCAGAAGACCAGCGGGACAGCCACGCUGUCACUUUCUCUCCAGAGAUUCUUUCCGGAGCUGCCAUGCAGAAAUAAAGCUUACAGAGAUGGGAAAGGGAAGGCCAGUGAAGUCCUGGAUGCUCCGCUGAGAUCGUGUCCCAUGCGCUCGCUUAGCAAUGCGCACGUGAGCGACCACCGCCGCACCGUCCCCAUGCCCGCCGCUAUGCUCCCGUGCCCCGCGCCGGCCGGGUCCGACUGGAGCUUCCAGAAUCCGGUGGGAGUGGACUGCAGCUCCCCCGAGCCUCGCUGCAUCUGGGUGGCGGUGCUACGCGGCAUCACUGGGCCGCCGCCGGUCAUGGCCGUCGGGCACCGCCACAUUGCCCAUCAGCUCAGGGCGAAAGGGCGGAGGGAUGGUCUCUCGUCGCCCGCCGCCGACAACAACCCCCGGCCGCCGAUGGCAUCCCGGCCGGGCAGGGAGGGCGUCAGUGUGGUGUGGAAAGGCCCCCGCACGUUGAUCCUCCGCAAGAACUCGCAGGGCUUUGGCUUCACCCUGCGACACUUCAUUGUUUACCCGCCGGAGUCCACGUUGCACACAAACCUCAAGGAUGAGGAGAAUGGCAACGGGAAGGGUUUCCAGAAAGGACGACUGGAGCCGAUGGACACCAUCUUUGUGAAGAAUGUGCGGGAGAAAGGUCCUGCUCACCAGGCUGGGCUGUGCACUGGUGAUCGUCUGGUGAAAGUGAACGGUGAGAGCGUGCUGGGAAAGACGUACUCGCAGGUGAUCGCCCUCAUCCAGAACAGUGAGAGUGUGCUGGAGCUCUCCAUCAUGCCAAAGGAUGACGAUGUGCUUCAGUUGGUAAGUGCGUACUCCCAAGAUGCCUACCUGACCGGCAACGAGCCCUUCUCAGGGGGAGCUGAGAACCUCCCACCGCCACCACCACUCUGCUACCCACGCACCAAGACCAUGUCGCCCGCUGGCGUGCCCCCACCUGCCCCCAUGGGCCAGAACCAGCUGGAUAAUUGGAGUCGCUGGCCCUGUUCCCCCAGUCCCUCCUCGCCCCUGGACAACCGUUCCACCGUGUGCAGUCCCGCCAGUUGGCAAGAUGGGCGCUCAGUGGAACUGGGUGGCGUGGGUCACAGCAGUCCAGCCCACAGAACGGAGGAGAUCCAGUAUGGCAUGACUGGGCAGCAGCCUCAAGGGCAAACCAGGGGGCGCUCCUACUCAUCAUCAUCCUCGUCAGGGGGACCUUUAUCCAGCCCGUUGCAGGUCCACUACCCCAAUCACCAUCAUGGCGCCAACUCCACCCAGGCCCAGCCGCGCAAGUCCAGUAGCUCGGCUUGGACCAGCCCGCCGCUGCCUCAUCUUGGUCACGGCCGAAGCGAGCGCUGCCAGCAGGCGCUCUCGGAGUGGUACCAAAGCCAAGUGCCCGAACGUUCUGGACGCAACAUGCAGACGCGUCAACGCAGCUACUCCCAGGACCGCCUCAGCGAGUCCAGGAGGCAGCCGCAUCUGCAGCGGGCAGGCGGCUGGCCACACAGCGCCUCCCAGGACACUCUGCUCUUACUGCAGCAGUCAGGACCGGGGCACCACGCAGAGCCCUACUGGUGUGGGGAGUGGGGUCCUGAAAGGGGCCAUCCUACCUCCAACUACACUAGGACUCGCUCAGAAAACCUGCUGGUGCAGUUUGAUCGCCGUGGACGUUCAUUGGAGAUGUUGGACCGAGGCGUAGCCGGACUGGUUGCGCCUCAGUGUGAGAGGUGGCACCAGCCUCCUAAGCCGCCCCCCAGAACUGACGUCCACCAGAGGCACGGUGGUCCAUACCCUGCGACGCAAGCACCUCAGAUGGCCCGACACUCACAGCCGCACUCUAAACACCCUACCCAGACCCAUUCCCCGCCCCAAUCUCAGCAGGCGGCCCCCAAGAACCGCCGGCUUCCUCCAGGCCAGAGCAUGGAUGACCAGCCGGUGGGCUACCGCAGCUACAGCCCCUCCUUCUACCGUAAGACAGGUCGCAUCAUGCAGCAGGCCCACUCUUUCAGGGACCCCUCGUACUCUGGCCCCCACCUAAACUGGAACACUACCCCGAAAACCAGCCCACCCGAAGGUGCACCGGACCUCUCAGCCACCACCCCACUGGCUUCCAUCUCGCCCGAAUCCCAGGAAAGAGUGUACAGGCCCACCAACCACGAGCGAGGGUCGGCAGAGGUGCUGGCGCAGACCCAGGAGGUGGUGAUGCGGCAGAAGCCUCCCAGCGGACGGAGGAACGCCCACGGCUUGCGCCACCCACACUACGCGCUGCCAAUGGACGGCUUGGAGCCCUCCUUGUUCUCACCAGAACCCCCGGACUCGGCGGCCACCUCGAGCUCCUCGGGAGAUGCAGUGCAAUUUAAGGCAAAUGGCAACCUUGUCCCCCUCUCGCUGGAGGACGAUUCGCUGGCAUCCAUCCCUUUCAUUGAUGAGCCCACCAGCCCCGGCGCUGACUUGCGCGCCCGCCAUGUGCCGGCGUCCUCGGUGGUCUCCAGUGGCAUGAGUUCGGCACCCGCCACGGUCGCCAACCCCGCUUCCCCCACCUUCACCUUCCCUGCCACUAGGCUCUUCUCACAUGACUGCAGCGCUAUUAAAUCGGGUCGUCGUUCCUCCUAUCUUCUAGCCAUCACUGCCGAGCGCUCAAAGUCCUGCGACGAGGGACUCAACGCCUUCCGGGAGGAAGGGCGCGUCUUCUCGAGGCUGCCAAAGAGAGUCAAGAGCUUCUUCACUGAUGGGUCUUUGGACAACAUGGGCACGGCAGAAGAGGUGCGCUCCAAGCGCCACUCCACCUCAGAGCUGGGCAACAUCACAUACAGCGACGUGCGGCGGGAAGGCUGGCUGCACUUCAAGCAGAUCCUCACCGAGAAGGGCAAGAAGGUGGGCAGCGGCAUGCGUCCAUGGAAGCGCGUGUUCUCGGUGCUGCGCUCGCACUCGCUCUUCCUGUACAAGGACAAGCGCGAGGCUGUGCUGCGCGGCGCCACGCUGGGCGGCGGCGCCGAGGACGAGCAGCCGAUCAGCAUCCGCGGCUGCCUGGUGGACAUCGCCUACAGCGAGACCAAGCGCAAGCACGCCCUCAGGCUCACCACGCAGGACUUCUGCGAGUACCUGCUCCAGGCCGAGGACCGAGACCACAUGCUGGACUGGAUCCAGGUCAUCAGGGAGAACAGCAAGACGGACAGCGAGGAGCUGGGCUUUUCCAGUCAGGCGCUAAUCAAUAAGAAGCUGAAUGACUACAGGAAGCAGAGUCCAACAGGAAGUAAGCCCGACUCUUCGCCCAGGAUGUCUCGCAUGAAGCCUCCCUUCCUGCUCGCCAAGACUGAGAACGCUUUGGGGGCGCCGCGUUCGCCCAAACCAGACAGCAAAGACGAGAGCAGCCCUCCCAAGUCUCCGUGGGGAAUCAACAUCAUGAAGAAGACAAAGAAAGCGGGACCUAAAGCCUUCGGCGUGAGGCUGGAGGACUGCCAGCCGGGUAUCAACAACAAGUUCAUCCCGCUGAUCGUGGAGAUCUGCUGCCGUCUGGUGGAGGACAUGGGUCUGGAGUACACGGGCAUCUACCGCGUGCCCGGCAACAACGCCAUGGUGUCACUGCUACAGGAGCAACUCAACAAGGGCGUCGACAUCAACCCGGCAGAGGAGAAGUGGCAGGACCUCAACGUCGUCAGCAGUUUACUGAAAUCUUUCUUCCGGAAACUUCCGGAACCACUCUUCACCAAUGACAAGUACAACGAUUUCAUCGACGCCAACAGAAUGGACGACGCAUCGGACAGACUGAAGACCAUGAAGAAGCUGAUCCGAGACCUUCCCGAUUAUUACUACCACACGCUCAAGUUCUUGGUGUGUCACCUGAAGACGGUGGCAGACCAUUCAGAUAAAAACAAGAUGGAACCCCGUAACCUGGCGUUGGUGUUUGGGCCGACGCUAGUGCGCACGUCCGAGGACAACAUGAAGGACAUGGUCACGCACAUGCCAGACCGCUAUAAGAUAGUGGAGACGCUCAUACAGCAUUACCUCUGGUUUUUCAGUGAGGAGCCAGACAAGGAUGAAAAGACGCCAGUGGACACUGAGGACGUGCAGCCUGCCCCCAACAUCGACCACCUGCUUUCUAACAUCGGGCGGACCGCGCUGCUCGGCGACGCCUCAGACUCCACCAACAGUGACUCAGCGAAAUCCAAGGGCUCCUGGGGGUCUAAGAAGGACCUCACCGCCAAGGACUUCCUGACUCUGUCCAUCAUGUCGGCGGUGACGGGCCGCAAGCGCCGGAAGCGUCACAACGCCCGGCGGGUGGGCAGCAGCACCGACGACGACUCAGAGCAUGAGCCCGUCAUGGCGGAGGAGGAAGAGGAGGAGGAAGAAGUGGGAGACACCGCACCUCACGCAGAGGGAGAGGAGGAUGAUGAUGAGGAGGAAGAGGAAGAAGUGGAGAAAAACGAGGUGAAAGCAGAGGAGGCGGUUGUGAAAAAUGGGAAGGAGGAAGAGGAGCCAGGAGGAAGGGCAGACGCCCGCUCCAUCGUGUCGGGCUACUCCACGCUGUCCACGUUGGGCCGCAGCCUAGGGGCGGAGGACGCCGACGACGAGCACAGCGAGCUGGUGAGCGAGACGGACAACGAGAGCGGCUUCGCCUCGCGGGAGCGCCCCGGGAAGCCGCCGCCCCCGCCCCGCAAACCCACGGCGGUCACUGUUGUCACGCCGGAGAAGGCCGACGACGACGGCGGCGGUGCGCGCUCCACCACGCCGUCAUCCACGUCUUCGUCGCACAGGCUACACUCCCGGCCGUCCUUCAACUCGCACAAGCUCAUCCAGUGCGACACCCUCGCACGGAAGAAGAUGAAAGCUCGCUCGCUGGACCUGCUGGAGAUCCCUGCCGCCGCCGCCGCCGCCACGAGUGACAACGCUCCAAGGACGAGGAGGGACACGUCAUCAGGAAGCAGCCAGGACAAUAUUCGCCCAUCCUGGGCCAGGAUGGUCGCCUCGCCGCUGCCCCCCAGCGAGGCGGCGUCCUUCACCCCCUCCGCCAAGUCCCUGGCGGAGCAGGUGCGCGCACGACUGCUGGGCUCGGCAGACGACCUGCGCAGCGUGGGCAUGCGUAAGCCGCUGUCGCCCGAGAGCCGCCGCAAGAGGCGCGCCUGGCGCCGACACACGGUGGUGGCAUCGCCCACCGAGGCGCUGAUCGAGAAGCGGACGCCUCUGGCAGUCACAGAGUUCCCGCUCUCUCCGGCCACCCCUAAAACGCCACCGCCGCGAGGCGAUGAUGGCGUCAGACGAGGGUCUUCCGGCCGCCAGGCCCCCACGUCCAGGUUCCACCAGUAUCUAUGAGCCGAAACGGCAUGACGAUGAUUGACGAGGAGAGACACCUCAUCUGGAAGCAGCCAGGAGAAUCUUCGUCCAAUCCGGGCCAGACUCGCUGCCCCCUCGAUAGGGUCACUGAGGUGACCCUAUCGAGCGGUCGUCGCUGUCCAUCACAGAGUAUCCACUUUCUCCCCUCAAACCAAAAACAACCCCACCACGGGGGCAAUAACAGCGUCAAGCGAGGAUCUUUCCGACACCGCGCGCCCACGUCCAGGUUCCACCAGUACCUUUGCGGGGUGGCAGCAAGCCACCAUCCAAGGGAGCGGCGCUCCCAGGACGAGGAGAGACGCAUUGUCAGGUACCAGCCGGGAGAAUCUCGGGCCAGGCCGGCCACCCCGCCCACCCCCACCCAGCUGCGGGUCAGCGCACUGGCUUGUUUAGUUGUUUUUUAAUCUCAGUCAUUUGCCAAAGCUUUCUGGUUUUCUUACUUCUUCUACAUGUGUGUGCUUUUAUAGGGUGGAGACGUACUCUGACCUCAUCACCACGACCACUGUGCAAAGGUUUUGGGUCACCACUAGACUUGUUUUAAUACCAGACUGCCAUUUGAAUCCGUUAGAAAUUGAUGGCGGAUACAUUAAAAAAAUACCACCAGAGGCGCUAGUUGAGAUUCACUCUCAACACCUUCUAAAGAAGUGCCGUCGCAAAAAAAUUCAUGUUAAAUUGUUUAAACAAACAAAGUUCCUUUUAUUGCAAAAUUCCUUGUGUGUUUUGGACAUACUUGGCAAAUAAAGAUGAUUCUGAUUCUGAAAUUUUUUUAUUGCAUCCCCAACAUGUCACGGCACCAGCAUACAUAGAUGUCAAAAGACAAGCUUCGUUACGUACUUUUGCUUUUAAAGUCACGGUUUGAGUCACAUCGAUUUUAGUACAAGGGAACAAAAGGCAAAAAAAUCUCUCAGCAUUGCAUUGAUCUUAGCAUAGCAAUGUGUUAGCAUUAAGCUAGUGGGGGCAUUCUUAAGGCAGUUUUUGGUCGUUUUAAAUACACGUGUAAUUCUUUGUUUUAUGUAUAGUUUGACAGUAGCCUUCAACUAGGAGUGGCAGUAAACAUCUUAGACUUUUUGGGAAGAACUGUUCGUUACACGAGUUGUCAAAGUGCUGCUUGUGAAGUGAGUUCACUGCCACCGUACAGCGCUCAUAGCCCAAGCUCGUGCUCGCAAGUCAAAGCGGAAACUCAGAUGAACGUUGGCUCGUAUCUUGAAAAUCGUAGUCGGGUCACUUGUAUCUAAAGGCACCACUGUAUAACUAAUAUAAUUGUAAGCCACUCCUAACAUUAUGCACAGUUUGAACAUUAACACUGCGCUUCAAUAUAGGAAAAAUAACAGGUUGAGGGUCACUAGUUUAAUGCACUCAGCUCUGAUGGUGGCCCAAGCCUUUUGAACAGAGUUCCCACAGUCUUUCCCAUGUGAAUUACCCUGGAAAACGGUGCUUCUUUUUUGGGAGAGGGGGAAAAAAAUUCUAACCAUUUCAUGUGAUCGCGGUUGGCUUCUUUUUCCUCCCGUUUUUGUGUUGUAACAUUUGUACAAAGCCUUAUCAUUAUUAAGUUGUAAAUAGAAGCAUUUUGUUUUUAACCUUAACAAUAAUACUUUUUUUUUUUUUUUAAAUUUAUGGUUUACAAACAUUUCCUUCUCCAGAUGCUACUUGAAAUGUUCCCUUAAUAUAUUGUUUGUUUAUAGUAUUGUGAUGUUACAGUUUACGAAGGCCUUUUUUGUGUCAGGAUAGUUGCUCGUUGUUAGCUUUUUAGCUGUUGCUCCGUCAACACGUCCUGUCAUCACUUCCUGGUCACGUGACUUCUAACCUCACCUCUUUACUUUCAAGCAAGUGCCUCCUUUCUGGAAUGUUUCGCAGUGCCAUGCUGGCUUCUUAUCUCCUCCUCCUCCUUCCACCGCUCACCUCCAAAGAUGUGUACAAUGAAUUCAUAAGGGUGAGAGAAAGAAAGAAAGAAAAAAAAAAAAAAAAACGCACACUAUGCACUCUCCCAU